ACUUCCCACUACCUACUUGAAAAAUUGAAAUCCUUCAUGUAUAUUAACCAUACAUUCUUUCCAUACCUUUGCACCAAUUAACACUCACCCUUUUCAGUUUAUACCAAAUAAAUGAUGUUACAAGCUUCUUUUUUGCGCUUGAUCUCUUUCUUCUUUCUCAUCGCACUCCCUCUUGGAAGAAGCUCUACCACCUUGAAUGUACCAAAGGACAUAAUCAACCAAACAUGCCAAAAAUGUGCCAACCAAUCCAUCAUCUUGAGCUACAAGCUAUGCUCCACUUCUCUUCCGACGGUUCCGGUGAGUCACUCCGCAAAUCUCGAAGGGUUGGCGUUGGUUGCAAUGGAGCUAGCACUAGAGAAUGUCACUAGCACUUUGGCAAUCAUAGAGAAGCUAUUAGAUAGCACAAGUUUGGAUAAUUCUGCUUUGGGGUGCUUAGCAGAUUGCUUGGAACUGUACUCUGAUGCAGCAUGGACAAUACUGAAUUCCGUAGGUGUUUUCUUGUCUGGGAAUUAUGAUGUAACUAGGAUUUGGAUGAGUUCAGUUAUGGAAGCAGCAUCAACAUGCCAACAAGGUUUUACUGAGAGAGGUGAAGCUUCUCCUUUGACACAGGAGAAUUAUAAUCUCUUUCAGUUGUGUGGUAUUGCACUUUGCAUUAUUCAUUUGGCUACACCUGGAGUACCUUAUUCUCAAUUAUUCCACAGAUAAAUUUGGUCGUAUACGCUGUCUUUCUCAUUAAUAAAGUGAGAGACAUCGAUUUAGUAUCUCAAAAUGGACAAUAUUAGUGAGUAUAGUGGAAACGUUUUGUAUCUUAAUAGAAAAGGGAAUUAAAGGAGAAAGACGGAGUAGAGAUGCUAGUGCUAGACAUUAGACAUAGAAAUUAGAAUCAUCUACGUUGUUUUCUUUGUUUUAGUUUUUAUUAGAGCAAAAUCUUUUCUAUGAAUGAAAGGUGUAUUUAUCGUAGAAUUCCUCAUCGA